AACAUAUUCUAAAUGUUCCAUCACUGCCUAUAGUUUUUGGAAAAUGUGAAAACCUGUGAUGCACAACUGAAAAACAGCAAAAUACACCCAGAUUAGUAAUUCAAGAUGGCAGCCAUCAUUGUGACAUGCUGAGGGGUUGCAAAAAUCUCACAUCCCCGCAACCGAUCGAUAAUGGUCCAGCAGUGAGGCUGAGCAAACGCCAACAUAACGAGAUGAAAGCGACGAAAUCUUACUAAAGCAUAAAACGUAUUUGCAAAGAUGUAAGGCAAAGCAGCGUUUUAUGAUGCAUCUAUGCUGUGUGUGUGUGGUGAAUGGUGGUGGUGGGUGGAUUUGCCAGCUGUGGAAGCUGUAACACAUCACGGUGCGGUCGCCAUCUUGGACUGGUGAUUUAAUUUGGAAAAAUCAACCCCUGGUCGAGGAAAAAGAGAUAAAAUCAAAGAGCGAGAAAAGAGAGAGAGCCAGCGAAAGGGUGUGCGAAUGUGUGCUUGUGCACUAAAGAGAAAGAGAGUGAGUGGGAGAGAUCGUGAUCAAGGUUAAGCGAAAAUUCUAUCACAGCAACCACGACGACAACUACGGCAACAACGACGACGGCGACGACGAACGCGGCCGCAGCGACGGCGGUAUCGGGCCUCAGCGCGUCCGCGUCGAAGAAGAAAAAGAAAACCAGCAACAUGUUGGGCCGGAAGCAGAGCAUCAAGGGCGAACCGGUCCUGGCCGACUACGGCCCGGAAGAGUCGCUCAACGAAAGUGCGGACAUCGAAUGGGUCAACAAGCUGUGGGUCCGCCGGCUGAUGCGACUGUGUGCCUUGAUAUCGCUGACGUCCGUGUCGCUAAACACACCGAAAACCUUCGAGCGGCACCCGUUCCUGCAGUACUGCACGUUCUGCUGCGACUCGGUUGCCACGCUGCUCUUCACCUCCGAAAUGAUAGCCAAGAUACAUAUCCGAGGAGCGUUGCGGGGCGAAGCACCAUACUUUAAGGACCACUGGUGCCAGUUCGAUGCUUCCAUGGUGCUGUUUCUGUGGCUCUCCGUCAGCCUGCAGGUGUUCGAGAUGCUCGGCAUCGUGCCGAAGUUCUCGUACCUCAGCACGGUGCGGGCACCGCGGCCCCUCAUCAUGAUACGCUUCCUGCGCGUCUUCCUCAAGUUCUCGAUGCCCAAGAGCCGCAUCAAUCAAAUCUUCAAGCGCUCCAGCCAGCAGAUCUACAACGUAACGCUGUUCUUCCUGUUCUUCAUGUCGCUGUACGGGCUGCUGGGGGUGCAGUUUUUCGGCGAGCUCAAGAACCACUGCGUGCUGAACACGACCGAGCCGGAAAGCUUGACGAUCAACUCGCUCGCCAUCCCGGACACAUUCUGCUCGCUCGACCCGAACUCCGGCUACCAGUGCCCCACCGGCAUGAAGUGCAUGAAGAUGGACUUCCUGAGCAACUACGCGAUGGGGUUUACCGGGUUCGAGGACAUUGCGACCAGCAUCUUCACCGUGUACCAGGCGGCCUCGCAGGAGGGCUGGGUGUUCAUCAUGUACCGGGCGAUCGACUCGCUGCCCGCCUGGCGCGCCGCCUUCUACUUCAGCACGAUGAUCUUCUUCCUGGCGUGGCUGGUGAAGAACGUCUUCAUCGCCGUCAUCACGGAAACGUUCAACGAGAUACGCGUCCAGUUCCAGCAGAUGUGGGGCGUGCGGGGCCACAUCCAGAACAGUACCGCGUCGCAGAUCAUCACCGGCGACGAUAGCGGCUGGAAGCUGGUCACGAUCGACGACAACAAGCAUGGCGGCAUUGCGCCGGAAACGUGCCACACGAUCCUGCGCUCGCCGUACUUCCGCAUGCUCGUCAUGACGGUCGUGCUGGCGAACGGGAUCGUCACGGCAACGAUGCACUUCAAGCACGACGGUCGCCAGCGGCAGGUGUUUUACGAGAAGUACUACUACAUCGAGAUCACCUUUACGUUCUUUCUCGAUCUCGAAACGCUGUUCAAGAUUUACUGUCUUGGGUGGCGCAGCUACUUCAAGCACUCGAUACACAAGUUCGAGCUGCUGCUAGCGAUCGGCACAACGCUCCACAUCAUCCCGGCGCUGUACCUGAGCGGGUUCACCUACUUCCAGGUGUUGCGCGUGGUGCGCCUCAUCAAGGCGUCGCCCAUGCUGGAAGGCUUCGUGUACAAGAUCUUCGGACCGGGCAAGAAGCUCGGUUCGCUCAUCAUCUUCACCAUGUGCUUGCUGAUCAUCAGCUCCAGCAUUUCGAUGCAGCUGUUUUGCUUCCUGUGCGAUUACACCAAGUUCGAGAGCUUCCCGGACGCGUUCAUGUCCAUGUUUCAGAUCCUGACGCAGGAGGCGUGGGUCGAGGUCAUGGACGAAACGAUGAUAAGGACGAGCAAAACGCUCACGCCGCUCGUUGCGGUCUACUUCAUCCUGUACCAUCUGUUCGUGACGCUGAUUGUGUUGAGCUUGUUCGUGGCGGUCAUCCUCGACAAUCUCGAGCUGGACGAGGACAUCAAAAAGCUGAAGCAGCUCAAGUUCCGCGAGCAGAGCGCCGAGAUCAAGGAGACGUUACCGUUUCGGUUGCGCAUUUUCGAAAAGUUCCCCGACUCGCCGCAGAUGGCGAUACUGCACAAAAUCCCGAACGAUUUCACCCUGCCGAAGGUGCGCGAAUCGUUCAUGAAGCAGUUCGUGCUGGAGAUGGAGCCGGAGGACCUGGAGGGCUACCAGCGCCCGAUGCCGGAGUGUUGGGAUUCGCGCAUCGCCUACAAGAAGCACCGCCCGAUCAACGUGAUGAACAAAACGGCCAAAGUCUGCAUGGUGGGCAGCGAUCUGCGCAAGCUCGCGAUCACGCACAUCAUCAACGACUCGAACAACCAGCGGCUAAUGCUGGGCGACUCGUCGAUGCUGCCGGUGGCCGGCACCAAGGCGGGCCUGAAGCCGCAGGGCACGAUCACGCAGACCAAGCCGUGGCGGGUGGAUCAGAAAAAGUUUGGCUCCCGGUCGAUUCGGCGCUCGGUGCGGAGCGGCUCGAUCAAGCUGAAGCAAACGUACGAGCAUCUGAUGGAGAAUGGGGACAUUGGGGCGGCGAGCCGGGUCACCUCCUCCCGGGCCAGACCGCACGAUCUCGACAUCAAGAUUCUGCAGGCGAAGCGGCAGCAGGCGGAGAUGCGCCGCAAUCAGCGCGAGGAGGAUCUGCGCGAAAAUCAUCCCUUCUUCGAUACGCCCCUGUUUGCGGUGCCCCGGGAAAGCCGGUUCCGCAAGAUCUGCCAGCGGAUCGUGCACGGCCGGUACGAUGCGCGGCUGAAGGAUCCACUCACCGGGAAGGAGCGCAAGGUGCAGUACAAAAGUCUUCACAACUUCCUCGGCCUGGUAACGUACCUCGACUGGGUGAUGAUCUUCGUCACGACGCUGUCCUGCAUCUCGAUGAUGUUCGAAACGCCGCAGUACCGCGUGAUGGAGCACGUAGCCCUGCAGGUGGCCGAGUACACGUUCGUCAUCUUUAUGAGCCUCGAGCUGGCGCUGAAAAUACUGGCCGACGGGCUGUUCUUCACGCCGAAAGCGUACAUCAAGGACGUGGCGUCCGUGCUGGACGUGUUCAUCUACGUCGUGUCCACCAGCUUCCUCAUCUGGAUGCCGCGCCAGGUGCCGAGCAACUCGUCCGCCCAGCUGCUCAUGAUACUGCGCUGCCUGCGACCGCUGCGCAUCUUCACGCUCGUGCCGCACAUGCGCAAGGUGGUGUACGAGCUGUGCCGCGGCUUCAAGGAGAUACUGCUCGUCUCGACCCUGCUCAUACUGCUGAUGUUCAUCUUCGCCAGCUACGGCGUGCAGCUGUACGGGGGCCGGCUGGCCCGCUGCAACGAUCCCACAAUCGAGAAGCGGGAGGACUGUGUCGGCGUGUUUAUGCGGCGCGUGUUCGUCACCAAGAUGAAGCUGACGCCGGGCGUGAACGAGUCCUACCCGUCGAUGCUGGUGCCGCGGGUGUGGGCCAACCCGCGCCGCUUCAACUUCGACAACAUCGGCGACGCCAUGCUAGCCCUGUUCGAGGUGCUCUCGUACAAGGGGUGGAUCGAUGUGCGCGACGUGCUGAUCAAAGCGCUCGGCCCGGUGCACGCAAUCUAUAUCCACGUGUACAUCUUCCUGGGGUGUAUGAUCGGUCUGACGCUGUUCGUUGGCGUGGUCAUUGCCAACUACUCCGAGAACAAGGGUACCGCACUGCUGACCGUCGAUCAGCGCCGUUGGUGCGAUUUGAAGAAGCGGCUAAAGAUUGCCCAGCCGCUCCAUUUGCCGCCCCGGCCGGAUGGCCGCAAGUUCCGCGCCUUCGUCUACGACAUUACGCAGCACAUUGCGUUCAAGCGGUGCAUCGCCGUGGUGGUGCUGGUGAACAGUAUGCUGCUUUCGAUUACGUGGACGAAAGACGAAGUACACACCGAGCGGCUGGUGAUCGUAAGCACCAUCCUCACGUUCGUGUUCGUGAUCGAGGUCGUCAUGAAGAAUAUCGCCUUUACGCCGCGCGGCUACUGGCAGUCGCGCCGCAAUCGGUACGAUCUGCUCGUCACCGUCGCCGGCGUUGUCUGGAUUUUUCUGCAAACCACACUGCGAAGCGAUUUAUCAUAUUUCAUUGGUUUUAUGGUUGUCAUAUUGCGAUUUUUCACAAUAACUGGCAAGCAUACGACCUUGAAAAUGUUAAUGCUUACCGUCGGUGUGUCGGUGUGCAAAUCGUUCUUCAUCAUCUUCGGCAUGUUUCUGCUGGUGUUCUUCUACGCCCUCGCCGGUACGAUACUGUUCGGCACGGUCAAGUACGGCGAAGGCAUCGGCCGGCGGGCAAACUUUGGUUCGCCGGUGACCGGGGUGGCGAUGCUGUUCCGCAUCGUAACCGGCGAAGACUGGAACAAGAUCAUGCACGAUUGCAUGGUGCAGCCACCGUACUGUACGCCGGCCGCCAACUACUGGGAGACGGACUGUGGCAACUUCACGGCCAGCCUGAUCUACUUCUGCACCUUCUACGUCAUCAUCACGUACAUCGUGCUGAACCUGCUUGUCGCUAUUAUCAUGGAGAACUUUUCGCUCUUCUACUCGAACGAGGAGGAUGCGCUGCUGUCCUACGCCGAUAUACGAAACUUCCAAAACACCUGGAACAUCGUCGACAUACACCAGCGGGGUGUGAUUCCGGUGCGGCGCGUCAAGUUUAUUCUGCGCCUGCUAAAGGGCCGGCUCGAGUGCGAUCCGCAGAAGGAUCGGCUGCUGUUCAAGUACAUGUGCUACGAGCUGGACAAGCUGCACAACGGCGAGGACGUCACGUUCCAUGACGUGAUCAACAUGCUUUCGUAUCGGUCGGUCGACAUACGGAAAGCGCUCCAGCUGGAGGAACUGUUGGCGCGCGAGGAGUUCGAGUACAUAAUUGAGGAGGAGGUGGCCAAGCAGACGAUUCGCACCUGGCUGGAGGGUUGCUUGAAAAAGAUUCGCGCAAACAACGUUGCGAAGCAACAAAACUCGCUCAUUGCUGGGCUGCGUGCAACGAACGAUCAAAAGCAGCAACAACAGCAGCAACAACAGCAGCAACAGCAGCAGCAACAGCAACAGCAGCAGCAACAACAGCAACAGACCGGUACCACGGCAAGCAGCCAACAACUGGCACAGCAACAGCCGACCCCUGCCCAACCGGCCCAGCAACAGCAGGCCACGCAAACGCAAUCCCACCCCUCCCAAGCGCAAUCGCCGUUGCAGUCGUCAACCACCACCUCCCAGGCGCCGUCGUCCGCCGUGACCAGCCCGGGCCAGCUGUCGAAGCAGGCGGACGAAUCGCCCACCGGCAAGGAUGCGGUGGCCGGACCGGACCCAUCCGACACGAUCACCGACCAGACGGCGAAGGACAUUGAGAACAAUGCAAAGAAUCGCAAGAAAACGGCCGCCACCGUACUGAACCGGUCCGACUCGACUGGCUCGAGCAGCGGGCGCAAGUUUCUCGCCCCCACCCUGUCCGAUCCGCAGGCAAAGAACGAGAAGGACCGUUACCUGAGCAAGAAGAAGCAACAGCGCGCCCCACCAUCGAUCAGCGUCGGCGUGAAGGCGUCCCAUUUGAGCGAAAUCGGUGGGCACAGUUUGCAUCUGCACUACCAUCACAGCAGCUUCAGCCAUGGGGGUGAACAUUCGCCCCAUGCGCCACACCACCAUCAUCUGCACCAUCAUCAGCAGCAGCAGCAGCAACAGCAGCAACAGCAGCAGCAGCAGGAUGACGGCACUGGCAUGAAGGGCGGACCUGGUGGUCCGGGUACGGGCAGACCGGGCUCGGUCGGGCCUGGCGGCCCGGGCGGGAUGAAACAGUCGGACGGUUGCAGUAUUAACGCCGGCGGCGGCGUUCCCGGACCCAACAGCGGUGUGAUGGAUGCGCUCGGCAAGCCGGGCGGCCCGGUGAUGGGUGGCGGCGGUCCGCUGGACGGUGUCGGUGGGCAUCCGCUCGACGGCAAGAUGAACCCCGGCCUGGCGGGCAUGAUGGCGGGCAACAAGCCGUCGAACAAGCUGGAGUACACGCAGCAGCAGAGCCAGAUAUUCGUCUUCUCGACGGCGCUGGCGAACAAGGGCGCCGAGGCGGUGCUGAGUGGCCAGUUCAACUCGAUCAUCGCGUACCAUUGCGCCCAGAUGCAGAAACAGAACCGGCUCGGUGGCCCGGGACCGGACGAGAUGAGCGGGAACAGCGUCGGCCCGGGUGCGAUGUCGCCGUGGAUGGACCACGGGCACCACGGGCACGGUUCGCCCGAUCAUCAUCCGAUGGGCCCGCGUGGUAUGGGCGGACCGGGUGGACCGCCGGACGGUAUGAAAAAGUCCGCCACCAUUCACCAUACGGCCAACGCGUCCUGCCUGGAGAAUGACGGUUCGCUGCCAAUGUUCGGCGGCGGUGGCGGUGUCCCCGACGGGCAUAUGCCGCCGCAUAUGCGCAUGGGACCGGGCGGAGGCCCGGGCCUCGACCCGUCGAUGGUGAUGGGGAAGAAGUCGGCCACCAUCCAUCAUACGCCGAACGCGUGCAUGGAUCAGGACGGAAGCGGUUUGCCGAUGUACCCGUCGGACGGUCACGGCGGUGGCCCACCACACAUGCGCAUGAAUCCGGACGGGAUGUCGAAACCGUCCACGAUCCACCAUACGCCCAGCUCGUGCAUGGAGGGCGACGGUGGCGGUGAUCCGGGUGUGGGCGGCCAUCCGGGCGUGAAGAUGGAAAAUCCGUCGCCCGUUGGGUCGCACAUUUCGCCCAGUGGUGGGGGCGGCGGCGGUGUCCCUGGCGGCGGGCCCGGCGGUGGCCACGGUGGCGGCGGACCCGGCGGUAUGGGCGGCCCGGGAGGACCGGGAAGCGGUGGGCCGGGUGGCUGUCCGAGCGGCAGUCACUCGAGCUCGACCAUCAUCGACCAGAUGAACUCGCUCGUGGCCUCGCUGCCGCUGAUGAAGGGCGGCAAUGUGCUGUCGCAAUCCCGUGGCCAUCCGCAGCCGUCGCUGCAGGGCGUGAAGGUGCCGGACGAAAACCUGACGCCCCAGCAGCGGCAACACCGCGAACAGCAGCUGGCAACGCUGCGCCAGAUGCAGAAGAUGUUCUUUCCCGAGCAGCGCGGCAUGGGCAUGGAUCCGCACGGCAUGGGCAUGAGGCCGCAGUUCCGCGGACCGGCCGGUGGGAUGCCGCCGGACUUUGGUGGACCGCCGAACCGACCGCUCAAUCCUGCCUUCAUGAACACGCCCCUCGGCAGUGGCGGUGUCGGCGGCCCGGGCAUGGGCGGCCCGGUGGACGGGGGGCCGGGCCCCGGCCCGGGACCGGGACCGGGCAUGAUCAACGAGCAGAUUCCGCCGAUGCAAUACAACAAACCGAACAUGAUGAACCCUGGCAUGUACGGUGGCGGCAUGGGAGGCGGCGGCGGCGGCGGCCACGGCGGUGGACCGAUGGGCGGCCCGAUGGGUGGCCCGAUGGGCGGACCGAUGGGAGGGCCCGGUGGACCGAUGGGUGGUCCGAUGGGUGGCCCGAUGGGUGGUCCCGGCGGUGGUGGCCCGAUGAAUCGUAUGUACAAAGCGGAUCCCGACCCCAUCUUUCCACCCAUGACGGAGAUGGGAGGGUACGGCGGCGGAGGCGGCGGUGUGAUGAAUAACCACGGGCCCGGCAUGUUCAAUCCCGGCAUGCAGCAGCGAAUGGGCAUGCCACCGGGUGGUGGCGGUCCCGGCCCGGGCGGUGGCGGCCCGAUGGGCGGCGGUCCCGUUGGCCACAUGAUGGGGGGACCGAAGAUGGGCCCAGAUCCGUCGAUGCUCGGCGGGCCCGGUGGUCCCAUACCGCAGUCGCCCCUGAUGGACGACGAUCUGAGCAAGGGCUCGAUGCAGCAGCAGCAGCAGCAGCAGCAAAUGAUGCUUCCCGCAAAUCCACCUCUUCCGCAGCAACCGGGCACACCGACGGGCGGUGUCGGCAGUAACGGUGGCCCCAUGUCGGUCGGCAUGAACCCGGGCCUCAAUCCCAACGGCGCGAAUGGAACGGUCAACAAUAAUGGCAAAACGAAAGAGCCCUCCCUCUCGCCCGAGCAACAGCAGCAGCAGCAGCAACAACAGGGCGGUCCUGGUUCGAACCAGCAACAGCAAGGACCCGGCAGUCAGCAGGGGCCACUGACGCCCCAAACGCCCCAAGGCGGACAGCAAACGCCUGGGCAACCUCUUACCCCACAGACAUCGAUGGCCGGAUCGUAGAGCCAACCCAGACACACAAAAACACACAUACACUCAUCCAUAUACAUCCCCACAGUCCCAACAGAGCAAGCAUCAAGGAAUGAUUGUUUUUGUGUGAAAGAGUGAGAGAAAGAUAGAGGAAGAGAGGAAGCAGAGAGGAAAGGGAAUCAAGAUGUAAAAAGAAAUAGACAAGCAAAUGGACGAUGAUCGUUCGAGGGCAAAGCAUUUUGGCCGUAGAGCACCCAUUACCGGUCCUUGUCUAAGGAAAAAAAAAACCUCCCCGUAGCUCACAGACAUCCAUACACUUAAAACACACACAAACAGUCCCACAUACAUUAUACACAUGAGCAACAAAUCUGCCUUAUCAUUACCGAAUGAAUACGAGCAAAAUGCAAAGAGAAAGCAAAAAGAUAAUACAAACAAAACAAAACAAAAAAAAAACCUGCAAACGAAAAAAGGGAUACGAAAACGUGAAACUAUACAAAUAGGACGAGAAGCAUGAAGCGCAUUUGAAGAAGUGUAGAGCGAAAAACAAAUAGAUAAGGAAAGUGUAAAUGCAAAACCCGACGAAGUACAGGAAGAAGCAGCUAAAACAGUACGAUAUCGGUGCGAAAGCAACACAAAGAGAGCGUAAUUGGCGUACAAGCGAGACAGGUGUGAAAAUGGGCGCGGAAACUCAUAGGCAAGCUAGAGAGAAAGGUUAUACACCCUCAAACAACCCCCUUCCCCCUUCCGGGUGAUCGUUUUUGCGAAGCGCUGGUGCUGUUGUGUACAGGCAGGAGUUCUUGAUGUAAUAGCUUCUUAUGUUGGUAUGUUGCUUUCAAUUCUGUCCUCAAGGACUCGA